ACCCAAUGUAAAUAUUCAAAACGGUCCAAAUUUUGGCGCAUGGUCAGUCCGAUAUUAAACCGAAAGCCAGCAGAGAGAACUGUCACUACUCUGUUGACAGUAUUCGCCCCGCUUUUUACCAGUAGUAGUACGAGUCGUGCGUGCGUAUCCAGGGUGUGUACUACGCGUUUUAAAAGAAAAAAAACCGAAAACGCGUUGAUUUUAAGGGUUCUUUUCAUAAACGAAACUGUCGUUUUUAUUUGGUGCUUUCGGGUAUUACACGCAUAAAAAAAUUAAGACAUUUUCCGGUUCGUGUCGGGUUUUAAAGACCGCAUAAAGUGCAACCCGGCCAUUUUAACCGUAAUUUAGGCAACUAUUUCGACCUGGGUGUAUUGUAGUUUGCAUAAAAGCCAAGGGGAUUUAAUUUUUUUAUAAACAAAUUAAUUAAAAAAAAGAGAUAGUUGUAAUAAUAAAAAAGGAGACGUUGAAAUUGAUUGUUAAGGAUGGCCGAAGAAGAGAUAUUAUUCGACGACAUCUAUGACCUAUGCGAAGAAAUAGGAAGGGGACCAUUUAGUAUAGUGAGAAGAUGUAUUCACAGACAAACUGGACAACAAUUUGCUGUGAAAAUCAUUGAUGUUGCUAAAUUUACCAAUAGCCCCGGAUUAAGCACAGAAGAUCUGAAAAGAGAAGCCACCAUAUGUCAUAUGCUGAAACAUCCCCAUAUUGUUGAAUUAUUGGAGACUUAUUCUAGUGAAGGAAUGCUUUAUAUGGUUUUUGAAUUUAUGGAUGGUAACGAUUUAUGUUACGAAGUAGUAAGACGAGCAAUAGCCGGAUUUGUCUACAGCGAAGCCGUAGCAAGUCAUUAUAUGCGUCAAAUUCUUGAAGCAUUAAGAUAUUGUCAUGAAAACGACAUCAUUCAUAGAGAUAUCAAACCGGAUUGCGUGCUUUUGCAAACCAAAGAAAAUUCUGCCCCUGUUAAAUUAGGUGGAUUUGGAGUUGCCAUUCAACUUUCCGAUCGUCAUCCAACCAACAUCACCGAGUGCCUAGUGUUGGAUUACCGGACCAACCUCAGUCCACUGGGGAAGGAGUAUUUAAAAUCUGAUAGAGCUGGUCGGGUUGGUUAUGCUCAUUUUAUGGCACCGGAAGUAGUCGAGAUGCGACAAUACGGAAAAGCUGUGGAUAUAUGGGCCGCCGGGGUUCUCUUGCACAUCUUAUUAUCUGGUACUUUACCAUUUCAUGGUUCGGGACGAAGACUAAUGGAAGCAAUUUGUAGAGGAAAGCUUCACAUGGAUUCGCCUCAUUGGGAAUUUAUAAGCGAUAGCGCGAAAGAUUUGAUUCGACAAAUGUUAACUUUGGAUGCAAAGCAAAGGAUAACGAUAGAAGAGGUUCUUAAUCAUAAAUGGUUAAGAGACAGAGAUAAGGGACUUCGAAUUCAUCUCGGCGACACCGUUGAAGAACUAAAAAAAUUCAACUCGUUUAGAAAAUUAAAAUCAGUUAUUCUUAGCGCAGUUAAUUCAAAAAAAUGGUGUCCUUUCGAUGAUUCCAUCGUCGAUAGUUACUCCGAUUUCGGUGAUGACGAAAUUUCAUCUUCAGCUGUUCAACAGAUCGUUGACUCUUUGGAUGAUAUCAGCUGUUUGCAAGAAUCGAGACCAGAAGAACGCGCGCACAUUUUGGCAUUGUUGGAGGACGUCCGCCUUCAUUCGUUUCUAGAGCUUUAUGAUCGGAUAUCCAGUAAAGUAGCACCACCUGCACGUAGUCCGCCGAACGACGCCGUUCACAAACAACGCGAAGCUUUGGAAGCUCUCCGGGAGCUUGAGCACAGGCGCGAUGUCGAUUACAGGGAUCUGUUGGAGUUGCAGGAAUUGCUCAAUAGGCCGCACCUUAAGGCACUUCUACAAGCCCAUGACGUGGUAGCCCACGAGAUCUACGGGGAAGACGCAAUGAGGGUAACACCUCCGCCUCUUCUACCGUAUUUAAACGGCGGUGAAGACCUCGAAGGUCCGAACGGCGACGUCGAAAUGGAGAACGUGACCCGCGUUCGUUUGGUUCAGUUUCAAAAGAACACGGACGAACCGAUGGGCAUCACGCUUAAAAUGAACGAGGAUGGAAAGUGCAUCGUUGCGAGGAUAAUGCACGGCGGCAUGAUUCACAGACAGGCAACGCUCCACGUGGGCGACGAAAUCCGCGAGAUCAACGGCAUCCCGGUUAUGAAUCAGUCCGUCAGUGCACUUCAAAAAAUUCUCAGGGAAGCAAGAGGUUCAGUUACAUUCAAAAUAGUACCCUCGUACAGAAGUGCACCGCCGCCAUGUGAGUUAUUCCGGAUAAAACCGCUACCAGUUCUUAUUUUUGUUCGUGCCCAAUUCGAUUAUGAUCCUCUUGAAGAUGACCUCAUUCCGUGUGCCCAAGCGGGAAUAGCUUUUAAAACGGGUGAUAUUCUGCAGAUAAUUAGUAAAGAUGACCACCAUUGGUGGCAAGCUAGAAAGGACAAUUCGGCUGGUUCAGCUGGUCUGAUACCUUCCCCGGAAUUGCAAGAGUGGAGGGCUGCUUGUGCAGCCAUGGAGAAAACUAAGCAGGAACAAGACGUGGAAGAUGGAUGCGCUUCGCAUACGAACGGUUGCGAUGGUUCCACAGUCAAUUGCUCAAUAUUCGGUCGAAAGAAGAAACAAUACAAAGAUAAAUACCUGGCGAAGCACAACGCAGUUUUUGACCAAUUAGACUUAGUUACUUAUGAGGAAGUCGUCAAAUUGCCUAUGACGGAUCCUGCGUUUCAAAGAAAAACCUUAGUUUUAUUAGGAGCCCACGGCGUAGGGCGAAGACAUAUAAAAAAUACCCUUAUAGCGAAACAUCCCGAUCAAUACGCGUACCCCAUUCCACAUACGACAAGACCCCCUCGAGCCGACGAAGAAAAUGGUAGAAAUUACUUUUUCGUUUCUCAUGAUGAAAUGAUGGCUGAUAUUGCCGCUAAUGAAUAUUUAGAAUAUGGAACUCAUGAAGACGCCAUGUACGGAACUAAAUUAGAAACAAUAAGAAAAAUCCAUCAAGAGGGAAAAAUGGCAAUUUUAGAUGUUGAACCACAAGCUUUAAAAAUUCUAAGAACCGCUGAAUUUUCACCGUACGUUGUGUUUAUUGGAGCGCCAGCUUUACAAAACAUAACAGACUACGAUGGGAGUUUGGAACGUCUUGCAAAAGAAUCCGAAAUGUUGAGAAAAGCAUACGGUCAUUAUUUUGACUUAUGUAUUGUUAACAAUGAUAUUGACGAGACGAUUGGAGCUUUAGAAACGGCUAUUGAGAAAGCACAAACCACGCCACAAUGGAUUCCGGUAUCUUGGGUCUACUGACAGAGGCAGUCAAUGGAGUUUGGCUCGCUUCAGAAUUUCUAAGAGCUUUAAAUAUAAAUAUAUACUAAGAAAUCAUACGAGAAAAUAAGUAAAUGAAAUGAUAGAAGGAAAAAAUUAAUUUAAUAAUUUCGUUUUUAAGCUAUAAAUUCUUUUAUGUUUGAGUAAAACCAAAGAAGAAAAAUUAAUGAUUAAGAUGUUAAAAGGAAAUUUAUUAAUUUAUAGUUGUAAAGUUGAUAUUCCAAAGAAUUUAGUGAAAAAAAUUAACAUUCCAAAAAUUUAUUAAUUAAUAACAAAGUUUUAACAAGUACAGGGUGAUUCAAAAGUUAUGAAUUGAAAGAAUCACCAAUAUAAACAUUUACUGUACAAAAAUUAAUGAUUACGUAUACAUCUAGAGAAUUUUUUUGUAGAUAUUUAUUGUAUUAUUAUUAUUAUUAUUUUGUUUUUUUUUUGUUAAAUUUUUUUUGAAAGUAAAAUUCUGUUUUAGGUCU